AUGGACGACAACAGGGGCCAGAGGAGGCAACAUGAACCGCCCGGCUAUUCUGCCUCCGGUUCACGGCACACGCCGUCGCUACAGGAGCAGUCACAGCAACAACGGCGGCCGUUUGCGGGAUCUCAGGGGGAUAGGUUCCGACCGGCGCCUCUCGGCGCGUCACCAUCAGGCGCAUCGCGGGGGAUGAGCGGUUCGACGGGGUAUAGCGGGUAUUACCAAGACACUUCGACGGCGGGCUUUCCAGCCCCGACGAUGCCUCAGGGCACGAUGAGCUACCACCACUCGACGACAGACUACCCGCAGCCGGAUUCGCGGCAAACCCAGGGGUUUGGCGGCACGUACACCCCGACAAUGAUGUACAACGUGCAGCAAACGGGAGGGCCGCAGAACACUGCCGUGUACGAUGCGAGUCAGCAGUUUCCCUCCCGGCAGGCUGCAGGUAUGCCGAUGAUGACGACGGAUGUCACGACCCCCUACUUUUCAAACGAACCCUCCAAUACCACGCCCACCUCGACCAUGCAAACCCAAUCGGCAUCGUCGAGCACGCCUCAGGUAUAUCAGCAGCAGCCCGGCAUGCACGGCUAUUCUACCGGUAGUAUGACAGCCAUUGGAGGAGGAAUGGCUGCGCAAACGUCGACUGCUGGUGGCAGCACCAGUGCUAGUGCCGACGUGAGGAUGGAAGAAGAGUAUCCCGGCCUCGAGGAAGCCUAUGCCAACUACCAGGCAGCGUUGAAGGAAACCUUCCAGAAUAUACGGGACGGCGUGCUCGCAGCCGCUAGCCAAACCCUGAUCGAGGUGUCUGACUGGCUCCUGUCGCAUGUUGUAGAUUUAGGUUUGAAUUCUGACAACCAAAAUCUGUACAACGAGCGAAUCAAGUUAUGGGAUGACUUCAACCAUGCCUGGCUAGCCAUCUUCCAACGCCAAAAAGAGAUGAUGGAAUCGGGCCAGCCAGUACAGCGCCCCCAGAGCCUAAUCUCCCAGGACGGGCUCCAGAAGAUGGGCAAAGACUUGGUGAGGUUAUGCGAUAGCAUUGAACGGCACGGCCUUGUCGACUACCAGUACGGAGUCUGGGAAGAGCAGAUUAUUGAGAUUCUAGAAGAGUGUUUGGAUCUCUACGACCCCUCGGGUACAUCCGGCGCUGGCGGCGGAGAGGGGUCUAUUCCGCGACGCCGUUAA